GAUGACGUUAGAAGCCGAUGAAAAAAGUCAAUUUAUCUAGAAUAAAGCAUCCAUAGACAAUUGAUAAAGCAAUAAAACAAGGUGAGAAUUUCCCAUCAAAUUUCAUAUCUUCCGAAUCGUAGGAAGAGUUCAGGUAGCUCGAAAUGAAAUUGCUAGUUGUCGCUUGCUGUUUGCUUGUUGUGAGCUAUUCGCAUGCUCAAAAUUGUUAUGGACAGCAGAAUGGCAGUACGCAGCCGGAUCCGUCCCGAUGCAAUUACUAUAAUUUCUGCAGUAAUGGGAAAACUAUUGCCGUGAGCUGUCCAGCUGGUUUGCAUUACAAUGCCCAAGUGAAGGCCUGUGAUCUUCCCAGCAGAGCAAGGUGUGUCAGGUGUCCCGUCAGCGGCUUUCGUAAUGUGCCCGUGGCCGGCGCUUGCAAUAAGUUCAUUCAGUGCUUCCAAGGAGUGGCCACCGACCGUGAAUGUCCGAAAGGUUUGCUCUUCGAUCCCCGCUAUGGACAUUGCAACCUCGAACGAAACGUGAGAUGCUGAAUAAUGGUGCGGUGGGAAUUUCCAUUCAUUAGGGACGUUUUUUCCCCACUCAUGGUGAUCCAUAUCCGUGGUGGAAUUAAGCGGCUUAAGACCGUAGCUGAUGAGAUGGAUAAAAGAUAAUAAACACAGGAUGAUGACUAGUAAAAAUGCUUAGUUGGUUUGAUGAAAGAAAUGAUAUUUGAAAAUCUACAUCGAUGUAGACUUAUUCAGCACUGAAAGAUUAUUUCCUUUC